UUAUUCGUUUCUGUGCAGCAAAAUAUAAUCAUUCAUUUUUGGCAUAAAUGUCGUCGUUCUUUUCGAAUUUAUCUUCUGAUUUAGGACAGAUAAAAAGAGGUUUAGCGUCCAUUUCUCUACUUUCUCAAAGCUUGCAUUUAGUAUAAAAAUGCUUAUGGAGAUAAUCAUCUCCAU